CAAAUUUGUUGAUCCCACCCCGAAUCUACGUUUUUUGUCAACAACGGACGCAAAUAAACCCUGGGCAUGCGCAGACUUCGUAGAUUAGGUUGUUGAGAGGUUGCGCAUCUUCCGAAGUAAGAAUCGUCCUGUCAGAUGUGACUUUCAUCAAGUUCACGGUAGUGUCUUGCCCCUCUCCUACGAAGUCAUGACACAGACCGCGUCGGAUGCGCAAGAAAAUCAAAAUAUCUACGACACCUCCCCCGACGACGACGGGAAACCACAAACGAACGGACACGAAGGCGAAAAUAGAGAAGACGGGGAGCCUCCUAGCAAGAAGCGUCGAGUCAGCGAGAAUCCAACGAUACCACGUCGAAAACCAGAGUCUCCACCAUGGAAGAGGAUCGUAGCAGAAGGGCCAUCGUCCUUCACGCAAGAUGGAAUCAGAAAGUCUGGAAGAACGAAUCAUAUACCCCUCGAGUUACAGCCGCCUUCAGACAAGAGGCAGACGCGAGGCGCCGUCCAGAAAACAUACUCGGCCAAAAGCAAAACUGGAAACGCGAACAGGCUGCAUUCACCUUUCAACACGAGAGAUGCACCGAAUGCGUCAAUCAACGGGUCGAAAAAACCUGGGUCUUCUGGCACCUCAUCCUCGCAACAUCUCGUCAAGUCCCCCACCAAACCUGUCUCCCCAAGACGGUCUCAUCGAAAGUCCAUGCCUAGUGAACAGACCUCCACCCCAGUGCGCUCUUACAAGAAGUCCUCGACUCCAAGAGACCCGCAGUCUGCACCAACACAAGUUAGGCCCGGCAAAGGACGACGUUCAGGCCGGGUCGGCGAAAUAAGCAACGAUGGAGAGCAUGACCGCGCCCAAUCUCUAAAGAUGGAGGACUCUCUCGGGCAGAGCCCAAAAGCCAGGCUUUCCAGAAUUAAGUUUCGGGUUAAACCUGCAGCUCUACCUUUGACACAUCCAGGAUUGGUUUUGCCUCGACCACGACAGUACCCGACCUUGGAGGAGUUCUUAGACAAAGGGGCAAAUGUCCAUGUUGAUGCAGGCGGCCUCUUCCAUCCCGACGAAGCCUCUGAAUACACACCCGAGCAAGUUGCCAAAGAUGCAAAACUCAUUCUUCGUUUCGAAGAAGCUGCCGAGCCUGGCGGCCUCCUGUGCACAGAGAUCUGCUCAGCUUUCCAGCCAGAAGAGCCAGACCAGAUUCCCCUACAAUAUUCACAUCAGGACCAUCUGAACAGGGCUGCUAUCGAAUUCCGAAGGUUGAUGUUAAUCGAAGAAAGGAAGCAUCGAGCAGCCGCCAAACGACUUGCAGAAGCAUGCCGCGAUGAAUGGUACCGCCGGCAACCAAAAACACAGGAGCAAUUAGAGGCUGAGGAAAUCAAGACAGGCCAGAAUCGCUAUCGGACCUUAGUCAAGACAAUACAAGCAACUUGGGAGAAUGUCAGAAUUGAGGUUAAUCGACGGCGCAUAUUAGAAUGGGAAGCUCAAGAACAAGCCCGGGUUCGGAAGGCUCUGAACGAAGCUGUGGAUAUGUCGACACAAAUGCUACAGGCUCAGAGGGCCCAGCUGGACUCGGAUACAUCUUCUGAUGGAGACGAAGACGAAGAUGAGGAUAAUGAAGCGAAUUCUGCAGGAGACGAUGGAUCAAGCUCGGAUGCCGAGUCUGAGGAGGACAGGGAGAGUAAUAUGUCAUCAACCGAUUCAGAAGCAGACGAAGAACAGCAACAACCAGACGCCGCGGAAGAUGAGCAUUUGACAGUAGAACAACUAAGAGAGAAAUAUGGGUCAAUACCGGACCUACCUACUGAAGUCCUGGACCAAGAUAUGUCAGAUGCUGACCAGAGCGAGACUUCCGAAGUAGAGCAUGCUACCGGGUCAGAUAUUCGUGACACCUUUGACGAUAGCGACGAAUCGAUUGAUAUGGACGACGACAUGGGCUCGAGUGAUGAGGAUCGCGACAGUGAUGAAGACGGAAGCGAAGAGGAGGAUGAGGCAGGCGAAACCAGUCUUCUCGGAUUCCUUGCCCCAUCGGAACUGAAAUCGGCAGAGCUUGGCCAAGUUAAACUCUCUCCCGAGGCGAGUGACGUUGGUAUGGGAGAAGGGGAAGCAGGAGAAGAAGACGAGGUUUCAAUGAUACCCGAUACAGCACAGCCGUAUUCUGGUCCAGAUGCCGCGCCCGAUGUCCCCAACACCCUCUCAGAGCCAGGACCUGCGAACUCGGUUAUCCUAAAGCAACCUGUAGAGGCGGAUGGCAACAGUCCCGACCGCAGCAGUCAACCUACGCCAAGAACCACGGAAACAAAGGCUUCAGAAAUUGAUUCGGCAUCGUCCGUGGAUCAUCAGAACAGCCGGCAAUUCACGCAAAGCGCAACGCCACAACCCGGAACCAACUUGAAGACCCCUGUACCGUUCCUUUUGAGAGGUACACUUAGAGAAUACCAGCACUAUGGCCUAGACUGGCUAGCUGGACUUUAUGCGAACAACAACAAUGGCAUCUUGGCAGAUGAGAUGGGCUUGGGGAAAACCAUCCAGACCAUCGCUCUUCUGGCACAUCUGGCUACCGAACAUGAAGUGUGGGGUCCACAUUUAGUCGUUGUACCAACUAGCGUCAUGCUAAAUUGGGAAAUAGAGUUCAAGAAAUGGUGCCCAGGGUUUAAGAUAAUGACAUAUUAUGGCUCGCCAGAAGAGCGGAAAAGAAAACGCCUAGGUUGGAAGUCAGAUGAUAAAUGGAACGUGUGUAUCACGACCUAUCAACUCAUCAUCGCAGACCAGCAAGUAUUCAAACGCAGGCAAUGGCAUUUCAUGAUUCUGGACGAAGCGCACAACAUUAAGAAUUUCGAAUCGCAGAGAUGGCAGGUCAUGCUAAAAUUUAAUACCCGAGCACGCCUUCUCCUUACUGGAACGCCCCUGCAGAAUAAUCUUACCGAACUCUGGUCUUUAUUGUACUUCUUGAUGCCCGAGGAAAGACAACAAGAAGGGGUGUCUGGCUUUGCAAGUUUGCAAGAAUUUCAUGACUGGUUCAAGAAGCCAUCAGAUCAGAUCCUAGAACAUGGACGAGAGAAAAUGGACGACGAAGCUCGGAACAUCAUCAGCAAGCUUCACAGAGUUCUCCGGCCACAUCUCCUCAGAAGACUCAAGGCGGAUGUAGAGAAGCAGAUGCCGGCAAAGUACGAACACGUCGAAUAUUGCCGGCUCUCGAAGAGACAGCGAGAAUUGUAUGAUGGAUUCUUAAAUCGGGAUGAUACCAGGGGGACUUUGGCUUCUGGCAAUUAUUUGUCGAUCAUCAAUUGCUUAAUGCAGCUGAGAAAAGUUUGUAACCAUCCGGAUCUUUUCAUAGAGAGGGCAAUCAUGACCUCGUUUCCUAUGGAGAAAUCGGUCGUGGCAGAUUUUGAGAUCAAGGAACUACUAGUGCGGAGGCGACUUUUACGAGAAGACCCUAUGACCAAAGCUAGCCUGGAAUUUUUGAAUCUGGUUCCCGCAAAACACGAAAGAUUUUCAGGUGCCGUUACUUCACGCAGUGCUGUGCUCAGUGCACAGCGAGUUCUCAUGGACAUGCGCGAAGCACAGCGUCUCCGAGCUCAAAAUGCUCUCACGAAUCUGGAUCCAUCGACGGCGAAGUCCAAUUUGGUGUAUUUGGAAAGUGCUUCACGAUGGGGUCGCUUCGAAGAGCUUCAACACUGCGUCUACCUCAACGCCCUUCGCAGACAGCAGAAGCCACUUUAUGGGACGCAGCUUCUCAACUUUCUCACCUUGGGUGCUGACAUGCGACCCCACCGACCUCAGCCUAGACGAAGAGACCGUCUCAUGACCUGGCUGGAAAAUAAGUCUCCUGUACUGGAUGACAUGGUGUUUACGCUGCCGAGACGAUCCCGGGAAUUGCAUCCUUUCGUACAGAAAUUUGCUUGUGUUACACCACCAGUGAUCGCGAGAGAUUUGACCCCGUUUACUCUAACACCUAGGGGGGUAGCCGCGAUUCAGAAUACGACCCAGACCACUGAACCAGAUCCGUUUCAUGAGGCGCGCAUGAGGCUAUCUAUCCAGUUUCCUGAUAAGCGGCUGCUACAAUAUGAUUGUGGGAAGCUACAGACUUUGGACAAACUCCUUCGCAAGCUACAAGCAGGCGGCCAUCGUGCUCUCAUCUUCACGCAAAUGACGAAAGUUCUGGAUAUCCUUGAACAGUUUCUCAAUAUUCACGGCCAUAAAUACCUCCGUCUUGACGGUAAUACGAAAGUCGAGCAACGCCAAAUUCUCACUGAUCGCUUCAAUAACGAUAAUAGGAUCCUCGCUUUCAUUCUCUCGACUCGAUCCGGGGGUCUGGGCAUCAAUCUCACUGGAGCGGAUACUGUUAUCUUUUAUGAUCUAGACUGGAAUCCUGCCAUGGACAAGCAGUGUCAGGAUCGUUGCCAUCGUAUUGGCCAGACCCGUGACGUUCACAUAUAUCGUUUGGUCUCCGAACAUACAAUUGAAGCCAACAUCCUCCGGAAGGCGAAUCAGAAGCGAAUGUUGGAUGAUGUUGUUAUUCAAGAAGGAGAAUUUACAACUGACUAUUUCAACAAGAUGUCUGUUCAGGAUGUUCUCGGAGACGAGUCCACUCUUAUGGAUGGAGAUGCCGCUGCCAAUGCAGCCAUGGACCGAGUCCUUGGCGGACCGAAUAACGAUCGGGAUGUUUCACGUGUACUUGCACAGGCUGAGGACAAAGAGGACGUGGCCGCAGCCAGAGUUGCCGAACGGGAAAUAGUGCAGACCGAUGCUGCAGAUUUCGACGAAAAUAUAAUCACGGCCUCUGCAACUCCUGCUGGACCGGGAACUCCUCGGGAUGGGGCUCCGACGCCCGCUGCCGAGGGAACUCCCGGCUUGGUAGACGAUGCAAUGGACGUGGAUGAAAAGGAUGAACUUAAUGCAUGGGGUGGAGUUGUUCAGUCGACGGAUGAUUACAUGUUGGAUUUCAUGAUAGCUCAACUGAAAGAUACUCCGGUGGAGCUUCCAAAGGACAAGAGCAAGAGCAAAAACAAAAAGGGUAAAGAUCAUCGCUCGCAUAGAGCGAGGUAGUUGCUCUGGUGUUUGUAUAUUAGGGAUUUGGUAUUCUACAGAGAGUGUGUUAUUAGAUCGGUUAGGAGUUACGAGCAUGGAAGGACCGGCGUUGAAGCAAUACCGCAUCAUUGGAAUUCUUCAACAUGAGGCAUGUCUUAGUAGAGGUGGUUUGGCUGGACAAUUCUGGCCAAGAAAUGGAAUUGAUAUCGAAUCAGAGGCCAUGCUCUUUCCAGACUGCCCGCUGUGAGAUGCUAUCUCGCGGAUAUAUGUGCUGGAUCGAUAAUGACAUGUACUUCAACUCCCG